AUGCGAACCGCUGCGGGUGUGUAUGUUAACAACACCCCGAAAGCAGUCUGCAAAACGCGGUGCGAUGUGCAGAAUCAGAUCGCAUAGGUGUGAAUACCCAUGCAAUCCGAUUCUAGUGCGGACCCAAAAAAAGGGGUCCUGCACAUUUUGGGUGCGGUGCGAUUAGAGCCAUACAAAAUGUACGGCUCCAAUCGCACCGCACAUGUGAUUUGCACAGUAACCGCACCGCAUUCCUGUACAAAUUGCAUGCGAUUU